AAAUGACAGGACAGGACUAAUUUCUAUUUGAUAAAACUGUUUGAAGAUUGAACAAUAGAAUAUUAAACAUCUUUUAUUUUAUUUUUUAUGCAAAUAGAAUAAAUAUUUAGUUUUAGGUAAUGACACUUUUAAAAAACAAUGAAAUCAAUAUUUGAAAGGAUUGUUUCUAAUUGUAAUUGAAACCUGAAUUUAUAUUAUUGAACCGAUCGAUUAUAAUUAUUUUCUAGCAACCUCUUGUUUCGUUCGUUCAUUCGGACGAGAAUGAGAGAUAGAGACAAUAGGAAGAAUUGUUCGUCAGUUGAACUUUCCAAUAGACAUGUUUAUUAAACCACCAAAGAUCUUUUCUUUCUUUAUUAUUAUCAAAUGAGAUUAUAGUGGAAGGAUAUGGAUGGUAUUUCUUUCCUAUCGUCUGUCAGACUAACGUACUAUUUCUAGAUAUGACAUGACAAUGAACGGAUUGCCGAAAGUUGGUUCGAAAAUACUCAAUCUUAUUAAUAAAAGGAAUUCAACUUAACUCGAUUUAUUUAUAAUUAGUGAACCUAAUCAAGUAAAAAUUUUCUUAUAUUAACUUUUUGUUUGUCUUAAAACAAUUUUUUUCUUGUUUUUUUCAAGGUUUUGGUUUUUUAUGGUGUUAUGAGAUUUUAUUUUCAAGAUGCUGAAGAUAAAGUAACAAGAAAAUGCAUUCAUGUAAUUGUUAUUCCAUCACGUGAUCAAAUGGAUAAUAAAAGAAUAAAAGAAGUUAUUCUUCAUGAUAAAGAAUGUCCAUUAAGUUUAAUUAUGUUUAAAGUUGUUAAAUGUCGACUAGAAUAUAUUCAAGUUCGUAAAUGUCUUCGUGCACGAGAAUCAAAUUUAGAUACAAUUCAAACAUCAUCAAUACAAGAAAUGAUCAUCAUUGAUGGUGUUGGUGUUGAUCGUGAUCAUUGCACAGUUCAUAAUCAAAAUAGUAUUGUUACAAAAACAGCGCCUAGUGAAGUAUGGUUAAAUGGUAAACUUGUUUUAACACUAUUUGUUCUUCAACAUGGUUCAUUAGUUUAUUUUGGACGAAAUCCAACAUUUCCUUAUUGUGAUUCACAAUUAGUUCAUAAAACAACAAUGGAAUCACCAAAUUUAAUUCAAAAAAAAUAA